UAAUAAGCUCGUGUUAUGUGAUACCUACUACAGCGACAAGACGCCAACGAAAUCAAACAAGCGGUAUCGCGCAAACCAGGCGAUGGAGUUUAUUAAUGAUCAAGAACCCUGGUUUGGUAUCGAGCAAGAGUAUACUCUUUUAGACUUCGAUGGUAGGCCACUUGGCUGGCCUAAGAACGGCUUUCCAGGCCCACAGGGUCCUUAUUACUGCGGCGUUGGCGCCGACAAAGUGAUCGGUCGCGAAAUCGUCGAGGCCCAUUACAGGGCCUGCCUCUACGCUGGUGUGAAGCUCGCGGGAACCAACGCCGAGGUGAUGCCUUCGCAAUGGGAAUUCCAGGUGGGACCGUGCGCGGGCAUCAAUGCCGGAGAUGAUCUGUGGAUCGCCCGAUUCAUUCUGCAUCGCAUCGCCGAAGAAUACGGUGUGAUCGUUAGCUUAGACCCGAAACCAGUGGACGGCUCGUGGAACGGCGCCGGUGCUCACACCAACUUCUCGACGAAGGCGAUGCGCGGUGAUAACGGUAUCGCUGAAAUCGAAAAGGCGAUCGACAAGCUCAGCAAGCAACAUCUCAGACACAUUCAGGCGUACGAUCCGCGCGGAGGGAAAGACAACGAGCGCAGGCUGACUGGCAAAUGUGAAACCAGUAAUAUUCAUGACUUCAGUGCUGGGGUAGCCAACCGAAACGUCAGCAUCCGCAUUCCCCGUGGUGUUGCCGAGGAGAAGAAGGGUUACCUGGAAGACAGGAGGCCUAGCAGCAAUUGCGAUCCCUACUCUGUCUGCGACGCCCUGGUCCGCACCUGUGUGCUCAACGAAUAAUAAAGUCACGGCGAAGACACACCGGAGAGAUACGCACAUACCUGCAUACACCCUGGAGCGUACAAUUACUUGUAAAACUUAGAAAUUCUACUUGUUUUUCUAUUUGAAAUGGUAAUUAUUGUUGAAUUCAUCUUUCGAAAAAGUAACAAAAUUUGAAAAUUGAAAAUCUUAAGAGUGUCGUUCGAGACAUCUACAAAAUCUACAAAAACAACAUUCGCCAUUAACGAUAAAGCAGAGCAUUGUCGAAAAAGAAUCGACGUUUGUCGAUUAUAGUGUUAUGAGAAUUGAUUCAGUUUUCUUUCAUUGUUUGCAUUAUGGAUAUGAUAUUAUUUAUAGAGAAAACAAUAUUAUUGUUUAUAGUAAAUCAUUGAUUUGCGAUCAAUUCUUGAAUUGUCAAUGCAGUUCGCCGGUCGUAUUCAUAGACAUUCAUAUAAAUAUUGAGUAUAAUUCUAAUUGUAAGUCGAGCUUGUAGUUAUAAGGCAAGGCAUAUAUGUUACUGUUCAAGUUAUCCCAUUAAAUUCUUUUAUAAAGCUCGUCUUUUUAGAAAUUUUAUAAUGCCAUUUUAGAAAACAACAUGAAAACAAUAAGGAGAAUGUUUAUAUAGCUAUGUAUUAUUUGACAUGUUAUUUGACACAUCAGUCCUUACAUCUCUUACAGAAAGAAGAAUGUUAAAAGGGGCCCAUUUUUACCCAUAAAGGUGUAAGUAAAAAGGGAAUAAAGUUUUUUAUAGAUUGUAACCUCCUGAAAAUACAAUAAUGUUAUAAUAAAAAAUUCGGGAUGGAUAGGGUCAUAGAGAACAUCUUAAAAAGUGAACAUAAUACGAUAUAUUUAAACAAAUUUCAAUACACUUGUUUACUUUUCAAGGUGUUUCCCAAAUGCCACGAACUUUUUAAUAAUUUUAUCAUAUUCAGGAGAUCGAAAUCUAC